AUGGGUCGCGUUCGUACUAAGACCGUCAAGAAGUCCGCCAAGGUCAUUAUCGAGAGAUAUUAUCCUAAGCUCAGCUUGGACUUCGAGACCAACAAGAGAAUUUGCGAUGAGAUCGCAAUUAUCGCCUCAAAGCGUCUCCGCAACAAGAUUGCCGGUUACACGACCCAUUUGAUGAAGCGCAUUCAACGUGGCCCUGUCCGUGGUAUCUCCUUCAAGCUCCAAGAAGAGGAGCGUGAGCGCAAGGAUCAAUACGUCCCAGAAGUCUCAGCUCUCGACUUCAGCCAGAGCGAGUCCGGUGUCCUCGAGGUCGAUACCGAGACAAAGGAUCUUCUCAAGAACCUUGGUUUCGAUGCCAUCCCAGUCAGCGUCGUUGCCGUUGCACAACAACAAACCGUCGAGCGCCCAAGACGCUUCGGCGACCGUCCCCCAAGAGGUUAA